GCGCGGCGGAGCCUCCCGUGGCCUCGGACGCUCCUCCUAGCCUGCGGCCGCCGCCCGCCUCCGCCUGCGCCUCCAGCUCCUCCGCCCGGCCCGGCCGGCCGCCCGCCACUUCCGGCCGCUCACCUGGGACGCGCUCACCGGCCUCCGGGCGCCUGGGCAGCAGGAUGAAGGACCGGCUGGAGCAGCUGAAGGCCAAGCAGCUGACACAGGACGAUGACGCCGACGAGGUCGAGGUUGCCAUUGACAACACGGCUUUCAUGGAUGAGUUCUUCUCUGAGAUCGAGGAGACUCGGCUCAACAUCGACAAGAUCUCAGAGCACGUGGAGGAGGCUAAGAAACUCUACAGCAUCAUCCUGUCUGCACCGAUUCCUGAGCCAAAAACCAAGGACGACCUAGAGCAGCUCACGACCGAGAUCAAGAAAAGAGCCAACAACGUCCGGAACAAGCUGAAGAGUAUGGAGAGGCACAUCGAGGAAGACGAGGUGCGGUCGUCGGCAGACCUUCGGAUUCGGAAAUCCCAGCACUCCGUCCUGUCCCGCAAGUUCGUGGAGGUGAUGACCAAAUACAACGAGGCUCAGGUGGACUUCCGUGAACGCAGCAAAGGGCGAAUCCAGCGGCAGCUUGAAAUCACCGGCAAAAAGACCACAGAUGAGGAGCUGGAGGAGAUGUUGGAGAGUGGCAACCCCGCCAUCUUCACUUCUGGGAUCAUUGACUCUCAGAUCUCCAAGCAAGCCCUCAGCGAGAUCGAGGGGCGGCACAAGGACAUCGUGAGGCUGGAGAGCAGCAUCAAGGAGCUUCAUGACAUGUUUAUGGACAUCGCCAUGCUGGUGGAGAAUCAGGGAGAGAUGCUAGAUAACAUAGAGCUGAAUGUGAUGCACACAGUGGACCAUGUGGAGAAGGCGCGGGAGGAAACGAAAAGAGCCGUGAAGUACCAGGGUCAGGCCCGGAAGGUUUGUGACCGAGUCUUACUGUUGCUCUCCACCGUCAUCCCGUGCACUGGCCAGCUCCUCCUUCCCCUGCCUCUCUUAGAACCCGAUUUCACUCCAGCCUGGUAUGGCCACCCUUGUCUUCAGAUGGGAAUGGAGUUUGAAUGGCCUUCCUGAGAGAGUGGGACCCGUUCCUUUGUUUCCCUGUAACUGACCUUGGACCUGACCCAGCAAACCGUUUAGCCCAGACGAAGCUGAUCUACUGAUGCAACCCCGAGUUCUCCUCAGAACCUUCUCCUGUCCCAACUCUGAAGUGCCUUCUCUCCUGGACUGUGCAAACCAACCCAACUUCUCUUUCUUCCCUCUGAAUGUGUCAAAUUAUGCUUUGCACCUUGGAAAACCUAUUCAAAACCUUCCCAUGGUGCUGUAUUUUCUACCUCAUGGAGUAUUCUCCCAGAAAUUGCUAUGUAUUUUUUUAGGGGGUAUCUUUAACAAAGCAAAGGGAUUCUUCCAAGUGUGGUAACAAUAAGGCUUGACUUGAGCCUUCCACUUGGCAGGAUCUCAGUCCUUACAAUUCCUUGUCCCUACAUCUUGAAAAUAGGAGGGACUGGCAGAUGUCAUUUUGGUCUUAGAAGAAGACUUGUUUGAAAUUCAGUCAUAAAUGAAGCUCUUAGUGCGUUCAGCGUGGUGACCACCUUCUUUGUGCUGUAGGCUCUCAUGUUUACUCAAGGAGACACCAUGAUGAUCCCGUUAUCUGAGGUUACUAACCAUUUGUAAAGGCUGAGGGUAUGGGAUGUUAGUUUCUCAUGUCUGACUCCUGGAAACUGGCUGUUCUCCAGUGGAGUGAUGCAUUGUGAAGCCAGUGCCUUGAGGCCAGAAAUAACCAGGUACUUAAAACUGGGCCCGGGACAAGGUGCUUGAGUCUCAGGCUCUGGAAGCGCUCCAUACUGGUGUGAAUAUACUGUCACUUAUUUUA